CGUUGAGGCCGACUGACUCCUUGGACAUCGACGACUUGCUCGAGCCAUAUUUGUCUCAGUAGCCGUUGGGAUGGGUAUAAGAGGUGCCCGCUGCCCCGGAGUCGUAGCAAUGGUCAAGUCGAUCAUCCAGUCGAUCAUCCAGCCCGACAAUCAGCUUCAAGUUUCGAGUCGAGCCCGUCAGACACCUUAGCCAUGCUGUUCAAGACCGUUGCCGCUGCUGCUUUCCUGGCCUCCUCGGCCGCAGCUCGGUCUUUCGCCCUCAACUCCACCGGGCUCUGCGGCACUCCCGAGCCCACGGAAGAGCAGAUCGCUGCCUCCAACGCCUUGCUCGCGGAAGAGCGGCUGGCCCGGGUGAACGGCCAGUUCCACGCUCUCCAGGCCUUCACCGUCAACACCUACUUCCACGUGGUGGCGGCAUCGACCUCCCUCAGCGAUGGCUACUUGACUCAAGCUAUGAUCGACGCCCAGCUGGACGUGCUCAACCACGACUACGGCCCGCACGGCAUCACGUUCAACCUGGUGAGCACGGACUGGACGGUGAACGCGAACUGGGCCGCGGACAGCAGCGAGCUGGCGAUGAAGCGCGCGCUGCGCAAGGGCGGCUACGGGGACCUCAACCUCUACUUCCUCGGCGACCUCGGCGGCGGCCUGCUCGGCUACUGCUACUUCCCGGACCAGGUCUCGCAGGGCUCGACUGCCUUCUACCAGGACGGCUGCACCAUCCUGGCGCACUCCGUCCCCGGCGGCGACGCCGCCCCCUACAACCUGGGCGGCACCGCCACGCACGAGGUCGGCCACUGGAUGAACCUCUACCACACCUUCCAGGGCGGCUGCCGCGGCUCGGGCGACCUGGUCGACGACACGCCCCCGCAGGCGUCGGCGUCGUCGGGAUGUCCCAUCGGCCGCGACAGCUGCCCCGGCGGCGGCGUGGACCCCAUCCACAACUACAUGGACUACUCGGAAGAUGCUUGCUACGAGGAGUUCACCCCCGGCCAGGCCGAGCGCAUGUACAGCGCCUGGUCGGCCUACCGCUCUUAACUUGUUGGGUUUUGACGACGCGCGGAGUUGGUUGGUUCCGGUCAUCGGGUGGUGUUGCGGGUGUCGAGUUAUACUAAAAAAGAAACGGUCUGGGCAUUAGCAUGGGUGUGCGAGUGUAAGGGUUGGCUGUUGGCUGUUGGUUGUGAGGUGUUGAGUGGAGUCGAGUUGCGAUAACGAGAUAUCCAAGUGUGGUUCAUGUACGGGGUAUGAGAGACGCAGGUUGCAUGGGGUGAAUAAUUUGAUUAUUUUUAUACGUUGCGAAUGGAGCAGCCUUGAUGAUAAUAUUGCGCUAUGAUGCCGACCGAAAACGUCUUACAGUAUUACUCUUAACUAUUACUAUAGGCUCCGAGAUUGCCCAACGCAAACUCUUCUACACUCACAUUUCCCCAUCUUCUUG